UCAGGAUGUGAAAUCCGUGUCUGUGGAUGCAGUUUGUUGUUUCCAGCACAGGCCAGUGAGACUGAGUGGCGUUUAGCUUAAAGCCACAUUGGUUAUAAAUAUCUCUGAGCAGCCACAUAGGAAUUUGGAGCUCAGUUCAGCUCAUGGUGGUCAGUUGUUCUUAAAUCGCCAUAGAAGGUGUUGGGUGGGGUUUUAUUGAUUAUAUCAUAAUAAAUAAAAGGAGUUAGAGCUGCAUCUUCAUUCUGCAUUUUAGAGGAUGGGCUUGCCCAUGACAUGUCAUUAUCUCAUUUAGUCUCAGAUUUUGUUUUUAAAAACUUGCUACAGGUUUUAGGUUUUUUAAAUUUAUACUCCAGGAGAGAAAUGUGUGGGGAUCUCAGGGGAAAUGCUUGGUCCACAGGCAGUGUGUUAGAUUCUGAUAAAAUGUGUGAGGUAAUGUGUGUCUACAUUUUUAUCUGUUAAAGGUUAUAAAAACUUGCGGGAGCUUUGAGGGGUUUUACAGGUUUUUGGUCUGUUUUUGAGGCAGUUUUGAUUGUUUCUAGAACAGUCUUCUAGUGCUUCUGGAGAGCAAGAAUGGAUUUUUGUGUGUCCUUUUUAGUUCAGUGUUUGAGAACCCCUCCGUAGCUUGUUACUGGCACAAGUCCUGAGUGGGAGCAUGUCCCUGCGCUGCCCGCAGCCGGCUCUCUGCCCUCCUUGGCUGCGUUUUGCUGCCCUUUGGGGCUCCCGAUUUUUCCCAGUCUCCCCGGCCCCGAGGGGCGCCCGGAGCCGGCAGCGCUGCAAAUGGCGGCGGCAUCCGCGGGACUACAACUCCCAGGAUGCUUCGCGCAGCGUCGCGGGUUGGCGUCAUCGCUGCGCCAGGGAGCCCGUGCGGCGCGGCCGGAGCCCGGGACAGCCCCGGCGGGACGGAGCGGGCCAGGACCGCGAGGGGCGAUGGCUCAGGACAGAGAGGGGCCUCCGGCCAAGCGGUUCAAGGCGGCGUCCCCCGGCACGCAGCCCCAGAGCGCCGCGCCGCCCGCACACGUGCAGCGCCGCUGCCUGCCCAUCUCCGGAGCCCGCGGGCCGCUGCUGGCCCGGCUGCGCCGCCUCGACACCGCCGUCCUCAUCGGAGAAACAGGCUCGGGGAAGACCACCCAGCUCCCUCAGUACCUGUACGAGGUGGGGAUCGGCCACCCCGGUGUCAUCGCUGUGACCCAGCCCCGCAGGGUGGCAGCUGUCACCCUGGCUGCCAGAGUUGCUGAGGAGAAGAGGACAGAGCUGGGGAAGCUGGUUGGCUACACCGUGCGCUUCGAUGACUGCUCGUGUGCCGAGACCAGGAUGCGGUUCCUGACGGACGGGAUGCUGCUGCGCGAGGCCAUCGGGGACCCCCUGCUGCACAAGUACAGCGUGGUUAUCCUGGACGAGGCCCACGAGAGGACCAUCCACACUGAUGUGCUCUUUGGAGUGGUCAAAGCUGCUCAAAAGAAGCGAAAGGAACGAGGCCUGCGGCCACUAAAAGUGAUUGUCAUGUCAGCCACGAUGGAUGUUGACCUGUUCUCCCAGUACUUCAAUGGAGCUCCUGUCAUCUAUCUGGAGGGCCGGCAGCAUCCCAUUGACAUCUUCUACACCAAGGAGAGGCAGAGUGACUACCUGCAGGCAGCACUGGUGUCCAUCUUCCAAAUCCACCAGGAAGCUCCUGCGUGCCAGGACAUCCUGGUGUUCCUGACUGGUCAGGAAGAAAUUGAAGCAAUGACCAAAACCUGUCGAGAUGUUGCCCAGCAUCUCCCCGAGGGCUGCCCACGGAUGACAGUGCUGCCCCUUUAUGCUUCUCUGCCCCACUCCCAACAACUCCGUGCCUUCAAACCUACCCCUGAGGGCUGUCGCAAAGUGAUCCUCUCCACCAACAUUGCAGAAACCUCCAUCACUAUUGCUGGCAUAAAAUUCGUUGUGGACACAGGCAUGGUCAAAGCCAAGAAGUACAGCCCUGAAACUGGCCUGGAGGUGCUGGCAGUGCAGCAGGUGUCCAAGGCCCAGGCUUGGCAGCGCACGGGCAGAGCAGGCAGACAGGAGAGCGGGAUCUGCUACCGGCUCUACACCGAGGAGGACUUCGAGAGGUUUGAGGAAAUGACAACACCUGAGAUACAGAGGUGUAACCUGGCCAGUGUGGUGCUUCAGCUCCUGGCCCUAAAAAUUCCCAAUGUGCUCACAUUUGACUUCAUGUCCAAACCAUCUCCUGAUGCUAUCCAAGCAGCAAUUGAUCAGCUGGACCUGCUGGGAGCUGUGACCCAAAAGGAAGGUCAGCUUGUCCUGACCCCCCUGGGAAAGAAAAUGGCAGCCUUUCCACUAGAUCCAAAGUUCUCCAAGGCCAUCCUCCUGUCGCCCAAGUUCCACUGUGCAGAGGAGAUCCUGACCAUCGUGGCGCUGUUAUCAGUGGACAGUGUCCUCCACAACCCCCCUGCCCAGCGGGAUGAGGUGCAGGCUGUCAGGAAGAAAUUCAUCUCCAGUGAGGGGGAUCAUCUGACCCUGCUCAACGUGUACAGGGCCUACAAGAACGUCAACGGGCACAAGGGAUGGUGCAGAGAGAACUUCAUCAAUGGCAGGAACAUGAAGCUGAUGGCAGAAGUCAGAGCUCAGCUCAGGGACAUUUGUUUAAAGCUGUCGAUGCCCCUCGAGUCCUGCCGCGGGGACACGGCCAGCGUGCGGCGCUGCCUGGCCCACAGCCUGUUCAUGAACGCGGCCGAGCUGCGGCCGGACGGCUCCUACAGCACGGUGGAGUCUCACCAGGCGGUGGCCAUCCACCCCUCCUCGGUGCUGUUCCAGUGCAAGCCUGCCUGCGUGGUGUACAACGCGCUGCUGCGCACCAACCGCUGCUACAUGCGCGACCUGUGCCUGGUGGACGCGCAGUGGCUGCACGAGGCCGCGCCCGACUUCUUCCGCAGGAAACUCCGCACGGCCAGCAGCUGAGCCACGUGGGACAGCUAGGCCUUGAAAGACUUACAUAUUCAUUGCAUUUUUUAAAAAUAACCGUGUUUUUUUAUAACCUUAAGGAACGGGAUGGGUAUUUAUUUAGAUCGGGUUUAUAUGUUUUUUGCGGAAUAAAGAAGUGAUGGUGAA